AUGGCAGACAAAUUCGCCAACUACCCCGGCGCCAAAGAGGCACCUGCCGCUGCCCUCGAGUAUCAUCACGAAGAGGACCACAACCCGCCGCUGAGAGGCUGGCCUUUGGUUAUUGCCUCCACUCUGUUAUCCAACUCCUCCGUCCUCCAGAAAUGGCUCUGGAACAACGCCAAGUUUGGCCAGCCCAAACACGCCCCCGGACUCGACAGCUCUGUCCCCUGGCGCGUCAAACCUGAUGUUGCCCCCCUUGGGGAAACGGGCCCUAUGCUGCCGCUUGAGGAGGGGUACCUCGUCACCCCCAAGUCGGCCGACUGCAAGGGCCGGUUUAAUUCGAUUGCUGAUUACCAUGAGCUCUACAAGUCAGGUCAGGCUACUCCCCUUGAUGUAGUCGAGGCGCUCCUUCCUCUUAUCAGGAGAGACGUUGGUGACGAGGAGAGCAAAUAUGCUGUUGCGUUCAUCGAGUCCAAUGUCGAUGAGGUGCUUCAACAUGCCAGAGAGAGCACGGAGCGGUGGAAAGAGGGAAAGCAGCUCGGCAUUUUGGACGGUGUUCCCUUUGGCGUCAAGGCCGACACUGAAGUCAAGGGGUAUGUCUCGACCAUGGGGAUGAAGGUCGACAAGACGGUCGCCUACUUCAACAAGCCCGAACCGGAGACGUGCUGGCCCGCGUUGAAGAUGCAAGAGCAGGGCGCGAUCAUGGUGGGCAAGAUGAACCAGCACGAGAUAGGGAUGGACACCACCGGCUGUAAUCCCGUGACAGGGACAGCAACGAACUGGUACAACACCCGUUACUUCCCCGGCGGCUCCUCCUCCGGCGCGGGGAGCGGUCUCUGUGCGGGACUGGUGCCGGUGGCAAUCGGCACCGACGCCGGAGGCAGCAUGCGCAUCCCCCCUGCCUUUUGCGGCGUCUACGGCCUCAAACCAACCUUUAACCGCACCUGCUCCCGCGCCACGUCCAUGUGUGUUGUCGGGCCCAUGACAUCAACGGUAGCCGACCUGACCAUCGCUUACCGUGUCAUGUCCCAACCUAACCCCUCCGACCCAGGCCAGAACCUUUUGUGUCUGUCCGUCCCGCCUUCUCCUGGGUCGAAGAAAACAUUGGGUAUCUGCCGCGCUUGGAUCGCCCGUGCGGACCCGGACGUGCUCAAAGUCUUCAGCUCCUGCGUUGAAUACCUCACCACUGUCAAGGGGUACACCGCAGUCGACAUCUCCCUCCCCUAUCUGAGGGAAGGGCAGCUAGCCCACGCGGCAACCUGCCUCACCGAAGCCGCAACCGAGGCCUUCGCCCGUAAUCCCAGUAACUACCUCGCCCCCCUCAACCACGCCAACCGCAUGCUUGUUUCCGCGGCGACGCACACCCCAGCAACGGACUAUUUAUCUUAUGGCCAAAUCAGGCACGUCAUCAUGGCGCACCUGGCCUGGCUGUGGGAGCAGCACCCAGACAUGAUUGUUCUCACGCCUACAACCCCGAUAGCAGGGUGGAAGAUUUGUGACGGGGACGAGGCGUAUGGGUGCUCGGAUGGGAAUCUGAGUAUAAAGAAUAUGACCUUUGCUUGGGUGGCUAACACGAGUGGUUGUCCGGCUGUCACUUGUCCGGGGGGUUAUGUCGAGGCUGAGCAAGGGGAGGGGGUUUUGCCUGUGGGGGUGAUGGGGAUGGGGGAGUGGGGGGCGGAGGAGCAGUUGCUGGGUUUUGCGAGGGAUGUGGAGGGGUUUUUGGAGGUGGAGGGGAGGAGAAGGCCAAAGGAGUGGGUUGAUGUUGUUGGGUUGGCGAGGGGGAAGGGGGAGUAG